AUGGACCCUGUGGGGGCAGCAGGGCCCCCAGCGCCCCCAGGCCCUUUGACUCACCUGAGCCUGCGGGACAGCUCCGAGGCGCGGCCGCAGAGCGGAGCCGACGGGCGGAGCCUCCCCGGCACUUGGACCAGGUCAUCCCCAGAGGGCGCCGCCGCCCUGCGGGAAGGCGUGCGUCGAUGUCUGCAGCAACAGUGCGAGCAGACAGUGCGGAUCCUGCACGCCAAGGUGGCGCAGAAAUCGUACGGAAACGAGAAGCGGUUCUUCUGCCCGCCGCCCUGUGUCUACCUGGCAGGUCCUGGCUGGAGGGUGAAGCCAGUGCAAGGCCAAGCCCAGCAGGCAGGAGAGACAGGUCCCACCGUCUGCGGCUACAUGGGGCUGGACGGCGCGUCUGGCAGCGCCGCCGAGACGCAGAAAUUGAAUUUCGAGGAGCAGCCAGACUCCAGGGAAUUCGGCUGUGCCAAGACCCUGUUCAUCUCGGACGUGGACAAGAGGAAGCACUUCCGGCUGGUGCUGCGGUUGGUGCUCCGCGGGGGCCAGGAGCUGGGCACGUUCCACAGCCGCCUCAUUAAGGUCAUCUCCAAGCCCUCGCAGAAGAAGCAGUCGCUGAAAAACACCGACCUGUGCAUCUCCUCGGGCUCGAAGGUCUCCCUCUUCAACCGCCUGCGCUCCCAGACGGUCUCCACGCGCUACCUCUCAGUGGAAGACGGGGCCUUUGUGGCCAGUGCGCGCCAGUGGGCUGCCUUCACGCUGCACCUGGCUGAUGAGCGCUGUCCCCAAGGGGACUUCCCGCCUCCAGAGGGCUACGUUCGCUAUGGCUCGCUCGUGCAGCUGGUUUGCACCCUCACCGGCACCACGCUACCUCCUAUGAUCAUCCGCAAGGUAGCCAAACAGUGUGCACUGCUGGACGUGGACGAACCCAUCUCCCAGCUGCACAAGUGUGCGUUCCAGUUCCCAGGGGGCCCGCCAGGGGGCGCUGGCACCUACCUGUGCCUCGCCACAGAGAAGGUGGUGCGAUUCCAGGCCUCCCCCUGCCCCAAGGAGGCGAACCGGGCGCUGCUCAGCGACAACUCCUGCUGGACCAUCAUCGGCACUGAGUCGGUGGAAUUCUCCUUCAGCACCAGCCUGGCCCGCACGCGGGAGCCGGUCACCCCCGUGCCCCUCAUCAGCACCCUGGAGCUGAGUGGUGGGGGAGACGUGGCCACGCUGGAACUCCACGGUGAGAACUUCCACGCCGGGCUCAAGGUGUGGUUUGGGGAUGUGGAGGCCGAAACCAUGUACAGGAACCCGAGGUCCCUGGUGUGCGUGGUGCCCGACAUGGCCGCCUUCGGCAGCGACUGGCGCUGGCUCCGCACGCCCAUGACAGUGCCCGUGAGCCUGGUGCGUGCCGACGGGCUCUUCUACGCCAGCGCCUUCUCCUUCACCUACACCCCGGAGUACAGCGUGCAGCCGGCACCCCCGGGCGCCCCUGAGCCGGCCGCCGACGCCGACGCGCUCCUGGAGAGCAUCCACCACGAGUUCACGCGCACCAACUUCCACCUCUUCAUCCAGGCCUAG